CGGUCCCACGAGAUCAACAGUGUUUCAGUUUACAAUAUAUGAUGGUUAUCCUUUACUGAAAGCCUUUGACAGAGCAAACGCAGGCAAACUGAGUUAUAAUAUGUGCAGAUAUGUGCAGUAUGUGAGUGACGGAUUAAUACUUGCCUCAACUGCCGCUUUUACAUGGUACAAGUUACAACAGCGGGACUUUUAAACCGGCGUCGCUCAAACAUCCUGCCAGCAUAACAGCACAGAGACCCAAAGGAGUCACGACAUUCCCAGGUUUUCUCUCAGUGGCAGAUCAAGCUGAAAAAAAUGGAUCGGCUGAAACAGAUGGAUGAUGACUCCAUGUAUAAUAUGAGUGAGAGGAGAGAAUAUUCUUUUCCCCCACCUUUGCCCUUGGAUUGUAAUACUGAAACCUCAGAACUCUAUCAAAUCGCCUUAAGGCACAGCAGUUACCCGCCCAUUCUUAUUACCAACUCGCGGACUCUGGCAGUUCCUUACAAAGAGCUGCGUUACCACCGAACCCCCAGUGAGUCUGUCGGAAACAACUUUAGCCCUACGGCCAAAGAUUUGAAAAUUAAUCAGCUUCGGCACAGACACACUCGCCAUCAAUCUUUGGCAAAACCAGCAGGGCCUUCACCAACACCACCUGGAACAAGGAAAGUGGUAACCAAGAGGACCAGGGAUACAUCAAGCCCUAGGCCUAGAACCUUACCCAGACCCAGCAGCCAGCCCAUGAGUCCUGAAGAACAACUGGAUAUAAUGCUCAGGGAAGAGAUGAAGAUGAGGGCCACUCAGGCACAACCUAAUGACACAGACAUGGAAAGGUAUAUGUACUACAUCAACUCUGUUCCUAGCUCAGUGAUAGCCCCCCAGCCACACAAGCAGAUGAUCAACAUCAUGAAACUGCUGCCUCCAAAGAAUGAGAAUAGUAAACAGCUCCAGAGUUUGAGGGCUGACAUGGAAGAGGAGGUCAAAAGAGAUUAUUGCUUCAGCCUCAAGAAGAGCAUUGUGGACUACAUUCUCAUGGACCCAUCUGAGCUCCAUCGACUGUCUAUAAGCAGUGUCCCCCAGCCGUUUCCCAAGAGGGUGAUUCGUGCGCCAGUGCCCUGGGGCACCAGCUACAGGGAUGCCCACACAUGGCAAAGCCAGCAUCUGUUUGCCGUCACUCAUAUUAUGUUCCUACUGCAGAACAUGUGGCUAAACAGCUUUUCUUCCUUGAGAUUUGUCAAACUGGAGGACCUUUUCUCCACCAACCUCCCCCUCCUACCAUCUGAGUUUGAAGAGUUUGUCCAAAGACAGUGCCAAAGUACAAGAGACGAAUUGAUUCAAAAGUGGCUGCCUCAGUGUGCAUCACUCUUUCUAAACUUUGAGGACCUGUGGUUGCCCCUCAUACCAAAGAGCGAGGCGGUGGCUUCAGUUAUUGUCCAGGAGUUCUUCAACUGUGUAGCUGCUCUCAUGACACUGCAGCUCCGGAGCCUGGUCGUAUCAUCAUUGCAGGAUUUCUUGAAAUACUUUGAGAUACACGAGGAGGGUAAUGACUUUGGAGAGGAGUUUAGUGAGAUUAAAUAUGUUCAGCGUCAGGUGCUGCUGGUUAAGCUACAAGUGAACGAGUCACACGUUGACUUUAUUCCCAGCCUCUGGGAAUGUUGGGAGGUCAUUCACAGGGCCUUCAUGGAAAUCAUUAAGAGUGCUGAGAAGCUCCCUAGGGUGGAAUGUCACCUACUUCCAGCUAUCAAAAAUCUGUACCUUCGCACCGUUAGGCCUGAUGAGUCACUGGUUACAGACAUAAUCAACAGUGCCAGGGAUGUUUUCCACAAGAACACAGUGGGACCCAAAAAGUAUUUGAAUAUAUAUCAAAAGUACAUCCAUCUAAUGGACAAUACCGCAAAGCAAGACGUAUCAGCAUUCCUCAGAGAGAAGCACUCAUUGGAAGGAUUUACUAAGAAAAUUGAAAGCAUUGAUCAACAGAGGAAGGAGAUAGCCUUACUGUGUGUCACCGUACCUCUGUCCAUGUUUUGUCUGUAUGCUGGCAACCUGAAUGAUGACCUGUGUGACCGUGCUGAGAGACUGAAAGAAAGGGUCAUCAUCUUUAAAGUGGAAGAGAACCGUGAGCUUAACAAGGGGAUCUGUAAAAAGUAUGAGGACAUUACAAACACUGUCAGAGGCACCCCAAAAACUACAGAAGAGUUGGUGUCUCUUAAACAGUACCUUAAAAACACCAGGGAUGUCACCAUUCACAAGCUCAUAGAUGAGGUUGAUGAGGCAACCUACCGUCUCAGCUUCCUCUUGGAUUAUGCCGCUCUGACUUCUGAUGACAUGAGGCUGAACUCCAGUGUUUUCCUGUGGCCCAAUGAGAUCUUGACUGAGCUUGAAAACAGCAACGCACAUCUAGACAUCAUCAGAAAACAGGCUGAGGACCGCCUCCAGACAAGGGUCUUCAACUUUAAUCUGAGGCUGCAGUCUGUGGGAAAAGAGAUUCAGGCUUUUAAGAAAAAGGAAACGAUGAGCAUGGAGGAGAUAAAGAAUAAUGUGAGAAAUCUUGCUCAGAUCUCUGACAACCUGGAGGAUGCUGUGACUGAGCUGGAGUAUAUCAACAAAGAGCAGACUUUACUAGAUAUGGAGCGGAGUGAGUACCAAAUACUUCAAACUCUGAUAGCUGAUAAACAGCCAUAUGAACAGCUCUGGAACACAGCGCUGAACUUUAAGAGCAUGUCUGAAGUCUGGAUGAAUGGUCCUUUUAUGCAACUGAACGCUGAGAAAAUCUCAGAAGAGCUGGACAUCAUGUGGAAGACAAUGUAUAAACUGAUAAAGACCUUCUCAAAUCUUCCCGGGCCUUGUCAUGUGGCCAGAACCUUCAAGGCGAACAUAGACAAGUUCAAGCAGCAUGUGCCUAUUCUGACAACCAUUUGUAACCCUGGCAUGAAAGAUCGCCACUGGGAGAAGAUUAGCAGCAUUGCAGGUAUUGAGGUGAAACCUGAUGCAGAAACCUCACUGCUGAACAUGCUGGACCUGGGUCUGUCCAGGUUCUCACAUAAGUUGGAAGAGAUUGGUGCAGCAGCCAGUAAGGAGUACUCUCUGGAAAAAUCAUUGGAGAAGAUGCAACAAGAAUGGGCCAACCUGCGGUUCUCUUUUACUGCAUACAGAGAUACAGCUACCAAAAUUGUAUCAGCUGUGGAUGACAUCCAAGUCCUUCUGGAUGACCAUAUUAUUAAGAUGCAGACCAUGCGAGGUUCACCUUUCAUUAAGCCAAUAGAGACUGAAUGUAAGCAAUUGGAGGACAAGCUGUUGAAAAUGCAGGACAUCCUAGAUGCCAUGUUGAAGUGUCAGGCUACGUGGCUCUACCUUGAACCCAUCUUCAGCUCCGAGGACAUCAUUGCCCAGAUGCCUGAGGAGGGCCGCAAGUUUGCCAUUGUGGACGGCUACUGGAAGAAUAUCAUGGCUGAGGCGGUUAAGGAUGCGCAUGUGUUAGUGGCUACAGGCCAGCCCAACAUGCUGGAACAGUUGCAGGAGUCCAAUGUGUUCCUGGAUGAGAUUCAAAAAGGCCUCAAUACCUAUCUGGAAAAGAAGAGGCUCUAUUUCCCAAGAUUCUUCUUCCUGUCAAACGAUGAGCUCCUGGAGAUUCUGUCACAGACCAAAGACCCCCUGUGUGUCCAACCCCACUUGAAGAAGUGUUUUGAAGGCAUUGCAAAGCUAGAGUUUACAGAGGACAUGGCGAUUACUGGCAUGAUCAGCUCUGAAAAGGAGAUGGUGCCCAUGACAGAGAAGAUUUAUCCAGCUCAAGCCAAGGGCAUGGUAGAGAAAUGGUUGCUGCAGGUGGAGAACCUGAUGCUCAGGAGUGUUCGACAUGUCAUCCAUCAAGGAGUCAUUAAGUAUGCUGAGGUGCCCCGGAAAAAGUGGGUGCUACAGUGGCCCGGCCAAGUUGUUAUUUGUGCCUCUUCUAUCUAUUGGACCAGUGAAGUGUCUGAAGCCAUCCAGACCAACUCUCUGCCUGCCUAUGUGAAGAAGUGCAAUGCCCAGAUUGCUGACAUUGUGGAGCUGGUGCGUGGGAAGCUGCCUGGAGGGGCAAGGAUGACCCUUGGCGCUCUUACUGUGAUUGAUGUUCAUGCUCGAGAUGUUGUUGCAAAACUUGCAGAGGACAAUAUCUCAUCACUAAAUGACUUUGCGUGGAUUUCUCAGUUGCGUUACUUUUGGGAGGAUGGAGAAGUGAUGCUGCGGAUGAUUACCACCUGUUUGAAAUAUGGCUAUGAAUAUCUGGGCAAUUCCCCUCGUCUGGUCAUCACACCACUUACUGAUCGCUGCUAUAGGACCCUUAUGGGGGCUUUGAAGUUGAACUUAGGUGGGGCUCCUGAGGGUCCUGCAGGAACUGGCAAGACUGAGACCACAAAAGAUCUGGCAAAAGCUUUGGCUAAACAGUGCGUGGUGUUCAACUGCUCAGAUGGUCUGGACUACAAGGCCAUGAGUAAGUUCUUCAAAGGACUUGCUCAGUCAGGAGCUUGGGCUUGCUUCGAUGAGUUCAAUCGUAUAGAGGUGGAGGUGCUUUCUGUGGUGGCUCAGCAGAUUCUGUGCAUACAACAGGCGAUUGCCAAGAAUCUGAAAACUUUUAUUUUCGAGGGAACGGAGCUUUCUCUAAACCCAACCUGUUCUGUCUUUAUCACCAUGAACCCUGGUUAUGCUGGCAGGGCUGAGCUUCCUGACAACCUAAAGGCUCUUUUCCGUACAGUGGCUAUGAUGGUUCCAGACUAUGGUCUCAUUGGUGAAAUCUCACUAUAUUCUAUGGGCUUCAUUGAAUCUCGAAGCUUGGCCCAGAAGAUCGUGGCCACCUACCGUUUGUGCUCUGAGCAGCUGUCUUCUCAGCACCACUAUGACUACGGUAUGCGAGCUGUGAAAUCUGUCUUGACUGCAGCAGGGAACCUGAAGCUGAAGUAUCCUAAAGAGAAUGAGAGCGUGCUGUUGCUUAGAGCGCUGAUGGACGUCAACAUGGCCAAGUUUCUGGCACAGGAUGUGCCAUUGUUUCAGGGCAUCAUCUCUGAUUUAUUUCCUGGAGUUGUCCUUCCAAAACCAGACUAUGACCUCCUCCUCAAAGCAAUCAGUGACAACAUUACUAAGCUUAACCUCCAGCCUGUCCCAUGGUUCAUUAACAAAAUCAUCCAGGUGUAUGAGAUGAUGUUGGUGCGUCAUGGCUUCAUGAUAGUUGGAGAUCCUUUAGGAGGAAAGACUUCUGCCUAUAAAGUUCUUGCUGCUGCCCUUGGAGAUCUUUACAAUGCCAAGCUGAUGGAUGAGUUUGCAGUGAAUUACUGCAUCAUCAACCCCAAAGCCAUAACCAUGGGCCAACUGUAUGGUUGCUUCGAUCCUGUCAGCCAUGAGUGGUCUGAUGGUGUGCUGGCCACCUCCUUCAGGGAUCAGGCUAUCUCCACCUCAGAAGAACGACAGUGGAUCAUUUUUGAUGGGCCAAUUGAUGCAGUGUGGAUUGAGAACAUGAAUACUGUGCUGGAUGACAACAAGAAGCUUUGUCUGAUGAGUGGUGAGAUCAUCCAGAUGAGUCCAAAGAUGAGUCUGAUCUUUGAACCUGCUGACUUGGAGCAAGCCUCUCCAGCUACUGUCAGCAGGUGUGGUAUGAUCUACAUGGAACCUCACCAACUGGGCUGGUCUCCUCUAAGAGAUUCCUAUAUGAACACACUGCCUGAAAGCCUGAGUACUGAACACACAGAGCUGAUCAUGGACCUGUUUGAUUGGUUAGUUCAGCCAUGUCUAGACUUUAUAGAUAGAGAAUGUCACUUUGUGGUGCAGACAUCUCCCAUCCACUUGGCACAAAGCCUAAUGAAGCUGUUUUCCUGCCUGAUGGAUGAAAUUUCUGCAUCAGAAACCACACAGAAUAUGUCCAGCCAGCAGAGAACCAUGUGGCUGCAGGGUCUUUUCCUAUUUGCUGUGGUAUGGUCUCUUGGUGGUACCAUAACUGGAGAAAGUUGCAAGAAGUUUGAUGUCUUCUACCGCAAACUGAUCAUGGACAUGGAUGAUGAGUACCCUCGCCCCAAAACCAUCAAGCUCAAAAAGAACAACAUCUUUCCUGAGAGAGGCACUGUCUAUGACUAUUAUUUCCAUAAAGAAGGACAGGGACAAUGGAAUAUCUGGACUGAUUCAGUUUCAAGGGAAGAGAACAUCAUAUCAGCUGGAGCCAACGUGUCAGACCUCAUCAUUCCCACCAUGGCGACAGCACGUCAGCUUUUUUUCCUGCGCACCUACCUGGCACAUGAAAUACCCAUGAUGUUUGUAGGACCCACUGGCACUGGCAAGUCUGUCAUCAGCAAAAGUUUCUUGGUAAAGCUGCCCAAGGAGCAGUACAUACCAAACUGCAUCAACUUCUCAGCUCGUACCUCUGCAAAUCAGACCCAAGACAUUAUUAUGGCAAAGCUGGACAGAAGAAGAAAAGGCGUGUUUGGACCACCCGUGGGAAAGAAGUGUGUCGUCUUUGUUGAUGAUCUGAACAUGCCAGCUAAAGAAAUCUAUGGUGCCCAGCCACCAAUUGAGCUGUUAAGACAGUGGAUUGACCACCAGCACUGGUAUGACAAGAAAGACACCUCCAGGUUGAACAUAGUGGAUGUGCUAUUUAUGUCUGCAAUGGGACCUCCUGGUGGUGGGAAAAAUAAAAUCACAGGUCGUUUCACUCGUCACUUGAAUGUCAUCUCAAUUGAUUCCUUUGAUGAUGAAACACUGACGAAAAUAUUCAGCUCCAUUUGUGACUGGCACUUCAGCAAAGGCUUUGAGCCAUCUUUCUACAGGCUAGGCAAGAUCAUGGUCCAAGCCACCAUGGCUGUCUAUAAAGACACCAUGGUUAGCUUCCUUCCUACGCCCUCGAAGUCUCACUACAUCUUCAACUUGCGAGACUUUGCCCGAGUUAUACAAGGUGUACUCUUGGCUCCAUACACAAGCAUGAAGGAUGAAGACAAACUGAUCCGUCUGUGGAUUCAUGAGGUUUACCGCGUUUUCUAUGACCGACUUAUUGAUGAUGAAGACAAGGAAACAUUUUUUAACAUCGUCAAAGACAAAACUUCAAACUUCUUUAAGAAAAGUUUGGACAAGCUCCUGAACCAUCUCAGCCUAGGUGGAAAGGUUGUUGAUGAGAGCAUCCGUAGCUUGUUCUUUGGUGACUAUGCCAAUUCUGAUUCUGACACUAGGGACUAUGAUGAAAUCACAGACUUUCAUGCCUUGCAAGAAGUAAUGGAGUUCUACCUGGAUGAGUACAACAGCUGCAGCAAGACACCCAUGCCUCUUGUGAUGUUCAAGUUUGCUAUUGAGCACAUUUCUCGCAUCUGCCGUGUACUUAAACAACACAACGGCCACCUUUUACUUGUUGGUAUUGGAGGCUCAGGACGCCAAAGUGCCACAAAGCUGGGCACCUUUAUCAAUGAUUAUGUCCUGUUCCAGAUUGAGCUGACCAAGAACUACAGCAUGUCAGACUGGCGUGAUGACCUGAAGCAGAUGAUGCUUAAAGCAGGCAUUGAGGGAAAGAAUCUUGUGUUUCUGUUCAGUGACAGCCAAAUCAAAGAUGAGGCCAUGCUGGAGGACAUUGACAUGCUGCUUAACACGGGCGAUGUGCCUAACAUCUUUGCUGCUGAUGAACGUGCUGAUAUAAUAGAGAAAGCACAGGGUAUCGCACGGGUUGAAGGCAGAAAGAUCGAUGUUACCCCACUCUCAAUGUAUAACUUCUUCAUUGACCGUGUGAAAGCCAACCUUCAUAUUGUGCUAGCCAUGAGUCCCAUCGGUGAUGCAUUCAGGAACCGUCUCAGGAUGUUCCCUUCCCUUAUUAACUGCUGCACUAUUGACUGGUUUCAUGCAUGGCCAAAUGAUGCCCUGGAAAUGGUGGCCCACAAGUUCCUUGGAGAUGUGCAAAUGGAGAGUGACAUUAAACUGGAGGUGGUGGAGAUGUGCAAGAUGUUCCAGACAAACGUUAGGGAUAUGUCUCAAAGGUACUUCUCCAGAUUAAGGAGACACAACUAUGUAACACCCACCUCCUACCUUGAACUCAUUCUUACCUUCAAGAAUCUGCUCAAUGUUAAGAGGAAUGAAGUGAAUACAGCAAGGAACCGCUAUGUUAUUGGUCUUCAGAAACUGGACUUUGCUGCAUCUCAGGUAUCAGUGAUGCAGCAGGAGCUGACAGCCUUGCAGCCAGAGCUCAUCCAGACCUCAGCAGAGACAGAUAAGAUGAUGAUUAAGAUAGAGGGAGAAACAGUGGUGGUAGAUGCUAAGAAAGAACUUGUGUCUGCAGAUGAGAAAGUGGCUAAUGAGGCAGCAGCUACAGCCAAAGCCAUUAAGGAUGAAUGUGAGGGAGACUUGGCAGAAGCUAUGCCCGCAUUGGAGGCAGCCUUGUUAGCCCUGGACACAUUGAAGCCUUCCGACAUUACGGUGGUUAAGUCCAUGCAGAAUCCACCAGGUCCAGUCAAACUAGUGAUGGAGUCCAUUUGCGUCAUGAAGGGCAUCAAACCUGAGAGAAAACCUGAUCCCAGUGGCUCAGGUAAGAUGAUUGAAGACUUCUGGGGCCCCUCUAAGAAGCUUCUUGGAGACCUGAAAUUUUUGGAAAGUCUCAAAGCCUAUGACAAAGAUAAUAUUCCUGCUCCAUACAUCAAGAAGAUCCGAGAUAAGUUUAUUGACCACCCAGACUUUCAGCCUCCUGUAAUCAAAAAUGUGUCUUCUGCUUGUGAGGGUCUGUGCAAAUGGGUCAGGGCAAUGGAGGUUUAUGAGCGUGUAGCCAAGGUUGUAGCUCCAAAGAAGGAAAGACUAAAGCUAGCUGAGCGUGAGCUGGCUGUGCAGAUGGAAAAGCUGUCUGUGAAAAGAGCUGAGCUGAAAAAAGUGGAGGACAGUCUGCAAAGCCUGAAUGACAACUUGGCGGCCAUGAUUAAAAAGAAGAAAGAGCUGGAGGACAACAUUAAAUUGUGUUCUCAGAAACUGAUCAGGGCAGAGAAACUGAUUGGAGGACUUGGUGGGGAGAAGGAUAGGUGGACAGAGGCUGCACAGCAGCUAAAGAUGAGAUACACCAAUCUGACAGGUGACAUACUCCUCUCCUCUGGCAUUGUGUCUUACCUUGGGGCUUUUACAGUAGAUUAUCGAGUAGAAUGCCUGGAACAGUGGCGCAUUGUGUCCAAAGAAAAGAAAAUCCCCUGCUCUGAGGACUUCACCCUCAGUAACACUCUGGGUAACCAGGUGGCCAUCAGGGCAUGGCAGAUUGCGGGACUGCCAGUGGACUCCUUCUCCACAAACAAUGGCAUUGUUGUAUUUAACUCCCGUCGGUGGCCACUAAUGAUUGAUCCCCAAGGUCAAGCCAACAAGUGGAUCAAGAACAUGGAGAAGGCUAAUAAGCUAGCUGUCAUUAAACUUUCAGAUCCAAACUACGUGAGAAUCUUAGAGAACUGCAUCCAGUUUGGAAAUCCAGUUCUUCUGGAAAAUGUUGGAGAAGAACUUGAUCCAGUGCUUGACCCUGUGUUGCUGAAGCAGACCUUCAAACAGCAGGGUGUAGAGUACAUGAAAAUAGGGGAGAAUGUUGUGGAAUAUUCUAAAGACUUUUUGUUCUACAUGACCACUGGACUGAGGAACCCUCAUUAUCUCCCUGAAGUGUCUGUGAAAGUCUGUCUGCUGAACUUUAUGAUCACUCCACAAGGCUUACAGGACCAGCUUUUAGGGCUUGUAGCAGCCAAAGAGAAACCUGAACUGGAGGAGAAAAAGAACCAACUCAUUCUGGAGAGUGCUGCCAACAACAAGCAGCUGAAGGAAAUUGAAGAUAAAAUCUUAGAAGUGCUUUCGUCUUCUGAAGGGAACAUUCUGGAGGAUGAGACUGCUAUAAAGAUCUUAUCAUCCUCCAAAAUUCUUUCGGAAGAGAUCUCCGAGAAGCAAAGAAUCGCCAGUGUCACUGAGAAAGAGAUUGAUGACACUUGCAUGGGUUACCGUCCUGUGGCUGAGCACUCAUCCAUCUUGUUUUUCUGUGUCACAGAACUGGCCAACAUUGAACCUAUGUACCAGUACUCCCUGACCUGGUUCAUCAACCUCUAUCUUUGUUCCAUUGCUGAUAGUGUAAAGAGUGAUGAUGUGGCUGAAAGAAUCACAAACAUUGUUGAGCACUUUACCCUCAGCAUCUACAAUAACGUCUGCCGCUCUCUUUUUGAGAAGGAUAAGUUGCUCUUCUCCCUUCUCCUCACUGUAGGCAUCUUGCAGGGUAAGAACAAGGUAGAUGAUCAAGUCUGGCGCUUUCUCCUAACUGGUGGCAUUGCAUUGGAUAAUCCUUAUCCUAAUCCUGCUCCAGAGUGGCUGUCUGAAAAAUCUUGGUCUGAGAUUGUCAGAGCCUCUAAGCUUCCAAACCUAAAUAGGUUCUAUGAACAUGUCCAAGCUAACAUCACCAAAUGGAAAAGCCUUUAUGAUUCAGGAAGGCCCCAUGAAGAUCAGUUGCCUGACCAGUGGAGUAAGUUGGGUGGACUGGAUCGACUGGUCGUGAUCAGAUGCUUCAGGCCAGAUAAACUGGUUCCAGCAGUGCAGGAUUUCAUAGUGAAUAACAUGGGACAAGCUUACAUUGAACCCCCUACUUUUGACUUGGAAGGGAGCUACAAAGACUCAAACUGCUGCUCACCUCUCAUCUUUGUGUUGUCACCGGGAUCUGAUCCAACUGCAGGUCUGCUGAAAUUUGCUGAUGACCUUGAUAUGGGGGGCAGUAAGACCAAAACCAUCUCCCUUGGUCAAGGCCAGGGACCCAUAGCAGCUCAAAUGAUUGAAAAAGCCAUUGAGGAGGGCACCUGGAUGGUACUGCAGAACUGUCAUCUGGCCACCAGCUGGAUGCCCACUUUAGAGCGGAUCUGUGAGGAAACCAUCACCCCAGAGAACACACACCACAGCUUUAGGUUAUGGUUAACCAGUUACCCAUCUGACAAAUUCCCAGUCAGUAUCCUGCAGAAUGGGCUGAAAAUGACCAAUGAGCCUCCUAAAGGAAUUAAAGCCAACCUGCUGCGCUCCUACCGGAGUCACCCCAUCUCUGACCCUGAAUUUUUUGAAGGCUCCAAGAAACAGGUCAUUUGGCAGAAGCUCCUGUUUGGUCUCACCUUCUUCCAUGCUCUGGUGCAGGAGAGGCGGACCUUUGGGCCACUGGGUUGGAAUAUUCCCUAUGAGUUUAAUGAGUCAGACCUGGGAAUUAGCCUUAGGCAGAUCCAGAUGUUCCUCAGUGAGUAUGAAGAGGUUCCUCUGGAGGCCCUCACAUAUCUUACAGGCGAGUGCAACUAUGGUGGCAGGGUGACGGAUGACAAAGACAGACGUCUGCUGUUGUCACUUCUGUCCAUCUUCUACAGUUGGGAGGUCAUAGAGCAGGAAUGCUACAAGCUGUGUGAAGGAGAUCUGUAUUAUGUUCCUCCUCAUGGCCCCUAUGAGACUUAUGUUGACUACAUUCGAAGCCUGCCAAUUUCUGCUGAUCCCUGUGUGUUCGGACUUCAUAGCAAUGCAGACAUCACCAAGGAUAAUCAAGAGACCAAUCAGCUGCUGGAAGGAGUAUUGCUGACUCUUCCCAGGCAGUCGGGUGGGGGGGUUAAGUCUCCUGAGGACGUCGUAGACAAGCUUGCAGAGCACAUCUUGUCUAAGCUGCCAGCAGACUUUGACAUACAAAUGGUGAUGGAUAAAUACCCAGUCAAGUAUGAAGAGUCUAUGAAUACCGUUUUGAGGCAGGAAGUCAUCCGAUUUAACAGACUCACAGAUGUGGUGCGUGUCAGCCUGGUAAACAUCCGAAAAGCUUUGAAGGGCCAGAUUGUUAUGUCUUCUGAACUUGAGAACAUCUUUAACAGCAUGCUGGUGGGCAAGGUGCCCGCUAUGUGGGCGGCCAAGUCGUACCCAUCUCUCAAGCCCAUGGGGAGCUACGUGACUGAUCUGUUAGCCAGGCUACAGUUUCUGCAAGUAAGAUUUAUGAUUGCUGUGGGUCACAUAGACCUUGACCACAUUUGGAACAUGACAGCCAAAAUGAAUGUAGCGCAUACUAAGGAGUUCAGCAGCAUAAAUUGGAUAGAUAAGGGCCCACCUACAGUCUUCUGGCUCUCCGGCUUCUACUUCACCCAGUCUUUUCUUACUGGAGUAUCUCAGAAUUUUGCCAGGAAGUAUACCAUCCCUAUUGACUACAUUGGUUUUGAAUUUGAGGUAACUAAGGAGGAGUCACACAUGGAUGAAAAGCCAGAAGACGGAGCUUAUAUCAGGGGUCUGUUCAUGGAGGGGGCGCGCUGGGACAGGCAGAACAUGGUCAUUGGAGAGUCUCUCCCCAAGAUUCUGUUUGACUCUUUGCCCAUCAUUAAGCUCAAACCAGGAGAAAUGGAAACGUUUCAACAUGAAAACAUAUAUGUGUGUCCCCUUUACAAAACCAGCGCCCGUCGGGGGACCUUGUCCACCACUGGACACUCUACCAACUACGUAAUCUCCAUGGAGUUGCCAUCUGACAAGCCACAAAAACACUGGAUUAAUCGUGGGGUGGCGUGCAUCUGUCAGCUGAAUGACUAAGAAUUAGCAUCCAGGAUUUCUUCCUUAGAAUUAGACUAAAAUUGAAGCCUUUAUAAUACAUGUAUAUGCCAAAUAAACUUGUGUGUUUGCAUGAUUUUUCUGUUGAGGCCGGCAGUUUUAGCUUGUAUUGCUUUGACUCCAAACAUAUUGUACAACUGAAACAAAAGAAGAAAAAAAAUUGGGCAUCAUAUUCAUUGUAUAAUUUGUAUUAGAUGGUGCCAUACAGUCUGACAUCCUAACAGAAGCAACAUUUAGCAGGAUUUGGGGGGGUUGAAGUUCGGAACAACCUAAAUUGGCUCUUAUGUCCAUUGUUAGAGCUGGCUGGUUAUAGCAAUGACUAAAAGUCACAGUGUCCCAGGACAAUAGUCUCUUAUGGUUUUAGGCUAAACACCAUUCUUAAUAUAAACAAUUUUCCUCUGUGGAUGUAUAGAAUUAAAAAGAAAAACAAAUGAGGCACUAUUUAUGAAUAGAGAUUAAGAGCUGUUAUGGUGCAGAUUGGUGCAAUAUGAUGUACUUUAAAACUGUUUUUAUUUUUCCAGAAUGGGUGGUGGUUUAAGAUUAACUUCUUUCUUGUAAAGCCAACAUACUGUCACAAAAACUGAACGGUAUCAUUGCUAUUUCCAUGUGUU